ACCACUGGAAUAACAGCCACUGGUUUUCUUGAAAACUAAUUUCAUGAGCUUAUUUACCUCACUUCUUCGUCUAUAUAUAACAACUCUUGAAACCAAACUCAGUCAGAUCAUCAAAGAUUUACCGCCUUAUCUACUGAAAAAACAAAGAUCUCUCAAGAAAAUAUUUUGAUAGAAUUAGAAGGAUGAAUUCAACAAGCAGAGCAUGGGUUGUGGCUUCAAGCAUUGGAGCUGUAGAGGCAUUGAAAGACCAAGGCAUCUGCAGAUGGAAUUAUGCUCUGAGAUGUCUCCACCAACACACAAAGAACAACCUCGGAUAUUUCUCUCAGGUUAGGAGGAGCCUCUCCUCUUCCUUCGCAAUGGCUAAUUAUGACAAGUCUUUGGAAAGUGAGCAGCAGAUGAAGCAAUCUGAAGAGUCUCUCAGGAAAGUUAUGUACUUGAGCUGUUGGGGUCCCAAUUGAUCCUUCUGCAAUCGACAUACUGAGAGAGUUUGUAUAAAAGUUUUGGCCACAAAUUGAGAAAUGGGAAAUGGGGGCAAUGAAACUGUAGAAGAACCCAUUGAAAAAUUAUAUUGUAAAAGAGAAAUACUGAAGCAAUUUGUUCGCUAAAUCAAGUUGAGACUGAAAAUGUUCCAUC